AUGCAGAACUGGGCAACUUUAAUUAUGGCGGCUUUGGUUGCUGGCUCUGCGGCCAAGGACUGUGCUUUCUUCUACGACUCUACCGUCUCGGAUCCCUUCAUGGCUUCCAUCCCUGCUUCCAACGCCCAGUGGUAUUGCAAAAACGACAUUGGCGGUACGAUGGAGGACAAAGAGUCGAAUAUCUCCAACUCGGCAACCAACCCGAACUUCAGAUGUGGCAUAUGUCGGGGAGCUAGGAGUUCGACCAAAGACUACGACAUCCCUGACAAGAUUGGCAACUAUGCGAUUCGAUGCGGAUAUUAUGCUCCUGGAAAGUGCACGGCGAGUUAG